CAGCUAAACCACGCACACACCAGUAACGAGCCAAACCGCGACCGAUUGUUGAGUGGUGCUUAUCACAACCACACGACAACCGGGGAGGCCCGACAUUCGGGAGGCAGACAUACGUCGUCAAACGUUAAGGGUUGUUCAGUCGAAGUGCGUAAGUGGAGAAAUCCGGACGAUUCGUAAACGCAGGAAAUCAUGGCCAACAGCAGCAGCAGCAGCAGUGAGCUUAUUGUGCAAACCGGUAAUGGGCCAGUGCUGGGAACAAGCAAAACAUCGCUGUACGGGGUGGCUUAUGUUAGCUUCCAGGGUAUCCCGUACGCUAAGCCGCCCGUGGGGGAGCUACGUUUUAAGGACCCUGUCCCUCCAACGAAUUGGACCGACGUGUUGGACUGCACCAAGCAAUGCGAUCCUUGUUACCACUUCGAUCGGCGGGUAAAUCAAAUCGUCGGUAGCGAGGACAGCUUGAGGCUGAAUAUCUUCACGAAAACGAUUAAACCAACUGCUGCCGGUCUACCGGUUAUGGUGUAUCUGUACGGGGGAGGUUUCGUUGAGGGAACAUCCGCGACAGAACUGUACGGUCCUGACUAUCUGAUCGAAAAGGAUAUCGUACUGGUUACGCUGAACUACCGUGUUGGUGCCCUCGGAUUCCUGUGCUGCCAAUCGCCCGAUGCCGGUGUGCCAGGGAACGCCGGUCUCAAGGAUCAAAGGAUGGCGCUCCGCUGGGUGCGUGAUAACGUGGCCAGGUUCGGAGGUGAUCCGACCUCAAUCACACUAUUUGGCCACAGCGCAGGCGGUGCUUCCGUGCAAUAUCACUUGCUGUCCAACCAAUCGAAUGGGCUGUUUGACCGCGCGAUUAUAAUGUCCGGGAGUACGAUGUGCGAUUGGGCCCUCUCACCGCAACGUAAUUGGGUUGAAAGAUUGGCGAAAGCCAUCGGUUGGCAGGGCGAGUGUGAGGGCGAGCAGGCAGCACUCGAGUUUCUCCGUCAAGCGGCUCCGGAGGACAUCGUAGCGCAUCAGGAGAAACUGUUUGGACCGCAGGAAAUUCAAGAAGGAUUGCUUACUCCAUUCGGUCCUACGAUUGAACCGUACCAGAGCGAGGUAUGUUUCAUUCCGAAAGCUCCGCGGGAAAUGUUGCAAGCGGCCUGGGGCAACUCCAUCAAUGUAAUGAUCGGUGGCACCUCAGAGGAAGGACUAAUACUGCUGCAGAAAGUGAAGCCCAAUCUAGCCGCGGUUUUACAGGAUCCCCGGUUGUUUGCUGGGAACGUGCCGAUGCACCUGCCCUUGGCCAUCGAACAGCGGAUGGCAUUCGCCGCCCAGCUAAAACAACUGUACUACCCAGAUUCGGAACCGGGCGUAGACAAUCUGGGUGGUUUCAUCGACAUGGCAUCGGAUCGUGUGUUUUGGCAUGGUUUGCAUCGUACCAUUUUGGCACGUGCAUCGCAGCAGACUCAGGGGAUCAAAACGUUCGUUUAUCGGUUUGCGGUGGAUUCGCCAUUCUUCAAUCACUAUCGGAUCCACAUGGUUGAUCCCGACAUUCGUGGCACAUCACACGCUGACGAGAUCUCGUAUCUUUUCUCGAAUAUAUUUGCCACCGCGCUGGAUCAGAACACCAUGGAAUAUCGGGCGAUUCGGGAGAUCGUCGAUAUAUUUACCAGUUUUGCUGCUAACGGCGAUCCAAAUUGUUCGAGCACAUCGAAAGUUACAUGGAACGCCGUACCGGACACGGUUCCUCCGUACGAAUGCCUGAACAUUGGCAACGAUGGCAUCACCGUCCAGGAGUUGCCCGAAGGCAAACGAAUGAAAGUUUGGGAUUCGUUCUACGCGAAUGAUGCACUGUUCUGAAAACAAUAAAUCGAAACGAAUAUCGAACUGAAUAAAUUCAAAAGUCCGGCCUGAACCGGCACAUCUUCUAUUAUUAACCUUGGUCGAGGCUCGCUGUCAUAACAAUG